AGGUCUUUCCAAGGCGGCGUGCCGACACUCGUUGUCGGUGACACCGAGAUAUUGCGUGAGGUUCUUGUAGCCAAGUUUAAGAACUUUUCCGACAGAAGUGAAUCUCAAAGGAUAGGCGGCCCUGUAUGGCGCAAGUCGAUGCUUAACCUGUCGGGCGAAGAGUGGAAAAAAGCGCGGAGCGUUUUCACACCGGCCAUCACAACUAGCAAGCUCAAAAUGAUUGUGCUCAAGGUCACAGCCAUCGCUGAGAGAGUGGUGUCGCGGAUCGAAGCCGCGGCUGCGGAGAAGAAGUCGGCGAACAUCAGCGAGCUAGUAGACCACGCCUCACUGGACACUGCGGCAGCGCUUAACUACAGCGUCGACUUGGACAGCGAGAAGGACAAAAACCACCCGCUUGUAAAAUCCCUCAGUGCCAUCUUCAUAAACAAGGCCGGCUGGAAGGCCGUCAUGCUGUUUCUUAUGCCCAGGCUAUUCAAGGUUUUGCAGCCCAACUAUCCGCCUAAAGCGAACGUUGACAUAUUCAAGGCGUUUGUAUCACACCUGAUUCAAGAGAGGGAGUCAAAGAAAAAGAAAGAAGACGAUUUCCUGCAGUUGUUCAUGGAUGCUGACUACGAAUGGGAAAGUGCCGAAGACAGAAAAGAGAAGAGAGAGAAAAGCGGCGAGAAAAGGAGGAUGACAUUGGAGGAGAUAACUGGCCACGGAAUACUUUUUUUCAUCGGUGGUGUUGAAGGCAACACCAUGGCUGUUACCAUGACUGCCUACUUCCUGGCACUACACCCGCAUUUCCAGGACAGGGUCAUCGCCGAAAUAGACAGAGUUGUCUCCGAGGAUGGGAUCACCUACGAAGCCCUGCAGCAGAUGCCCUUCCUUGAAGCUUGUGUCAAAGAGGCGCUUCGACUGGAAACACAUGAUGCCAUAUAUUUGCGUAUGUGCACGGAAGAGACGACAGUGGCCGGCAUACGCUUCAAGCCAGGCAUGUGUGUGGACAUUCCCGUGGCGGCCAUCCACCACGACGCAGAAUACUUCCCAGAGCCCGAUAACUUCAAUCCUGAGAGGUUUCUGCCGGAAAACAAGGACAGCGUGAGACCAUUCACCUACAUGCCUUUCGGCGUUGGACCGCGCAAUUGCGUCGCCAUGAGGCUUGGCAUGCUGCAGGCCAAGGCUUUGUUGGCUUGCAUGUUUCGACGCGUGAGGCUGGAGAGGUGUCCCGAAACGAUGGUACCCCUCAAGUAUAAACCUUGCCUGUUUCUUCACAGCCCCAGCGGCCCUGUUUUUCUUCGACCAAUUCCACGUCGCACAACUACAAACAAGUUCACCGACUCAAUUUAACACAAAACAUGGAAAGAACAUUGUACUCAGGCCUAACAGGAAGUACUUUCCCUGCAAGGCAGAUGCUUGUGACGCCAUGUAUUCACCUACAUAUGCUUACAAAAUUGCCUCCGCGAUGUGCCCCAGACGCGCGUGUUUACUGCAAACAAGCAAACUACACCAGGGCGAAUUGUUGCUACGAAAGAGAACUGUCAUCGUUGCCUACUCUUUAGUUAUAUUGUACCACAUCAAAUGUUGCGCCACAUAUUUCCGCUCUGUCUCUGAGUUUCUAAUUUUAUACCCGGUGAUUUUAUCACGUGGCGAAUUCUAACCGUGCUUCUUUUUUCUCGCCGCAUCGGUGGUGUAGUGGUAGAGCAUUUGCCUUGUAUCUGGGAGUUACUGGACUCGAAUCCCGGUGCUGCCAGAAACCCUGCGGACUUUUGUUCUAAUGGGUGGGGAUGUACCACGACUUGGCGUUCGGUUGUCUAUAUAAGGGUUCUCAUCUCGAAAAGGGGCCCUUGUGAGAUUUGCGAGGCUUUCUGGGGACCCCUUGUCCCCACCGUAGCUUUAGUGAAAUAGUCGAGCAUGCACCGCAUCCGCGGCAGUCCGACGACUGCUGCCGCUCGGGUACCUACUAGUGAGAUGGGUACAUACACCCUCCAGCCCUAGUGCUCGGCAACUACGAAAGUUCCAGGCGUUUGGAAGGACAAUCACCUAUUGGGAAGUUCGCAGAAGAAGACUGCCGGACUCCUUCUAGAGUCCUGGUGUUUUGUUUGUUUUGGUUUUUGCACAGCAAGCAAAGUGGUCUGAAGGAACCUCUCCCAAGCAGUGAACCGCUGGAAACCCGGACGCCUGGCCGGAGGGCUGCUUGUACCCGUCUCAUAAACCCGUGGGCGUCUGGUCGUGGGGAUCGAACCACACGCAUCCCGAAGUCCAGCUAGGCGCCCUACGCGCUAAGAGACUGCUGCAGUAGUUGUUUCGUACACAUCGAGCGGUUCCGCAUUCCAUGUUUCUAAGAAGCAGGUGACAUUUGCGCAACAACGAAUAAAGCUCACUCUCUAACAUGUUCUUGGUCUCUGAGAAAAAUGAUAAACAUUAUGCUGAAAGUAGUCGGUCGUUCUUCGAGAACGCAAACUAUGCUGCUUUUCA